CAAUAAAAAAGUUUGCGGACCUGCCGUAAACAGGAACAUGGGGGCAAGAAUAUUUAUGAAACAGUGCUGAUGGUUUGCAGAAAAAUCCUCUUACAUAUCGUAACGUGUAUGUAAUAACUCCUAACUGUGUUCUGAGCCUACUUAUUUAGAAAUUAUACGUACAGCGCAAAGUUGUUGAAAAACAAACAGCACGAUGACUCAUGAUGCCUACGAGAUGUGGAAGCCUCCCACAAAUUCUCCCAAUAAUAUGAAUAAUUUUCGGCUUCAUGUCAAUAAAAAAUUUAAGUUAUCUUUAGGGAAUUAUCAUGAAUUAUGGAAAUGGUCUGUGGAGGAAUAUGAUAAAUUUUGGGAAGAAUUCUGGUUCUUCUCAAAAUUAAAAUACUCAAAGAUAUAUUCCAUGGUAGUCGAUAAAAGCAAAAAUAUAUCAGAAAUACCACAAUGGUUUUGCAAUAGUCUGUUGAAUUACGCAGAAAAUCUGUUGCAAGGCAAAGAUGAUGACAUAGCUUUAUAUAUUGCAGCUGAACAAAGAAAAAUUUCGCAGAUCACUUUUGGAGAGCUCAAGAGAAAGGUUGCAAAGAUCGCAUCAGCUUUAAAAGCUUGUGGUGUGACAUCUGGUGAUCGAGUUGUAGGUUACAUACCCAAUUGUGCACUAGCUGUCGAAGCGUUACUGGCAACUGCAAGCAUUGGUGCUAUCUGGAGCUCCACAUCUCCUGAAUUUGGUGUAACUGGUGUAUUAGAUAGAUUUCAACAAAUCCAACCAAAAGUUAUUUUUUCUGUGGAUAGUGUGGUGUAUAAUGGUCGCACACAUGAUCACAUUGCAAAGUUAACAAAUGUUGUAAAUGGUCUACCUGAGCUAGAGAAAGUUAUUAUUCUUCCAUACACAAAAGAAGAGAAAGAAAUAGAUAUAUCACAUAUUCCUAAUAGCGUUUUUAUUAAAGACUUCUUAUCAUCAGCUACAAGUAACUGUUCACUUGAAUUCACUCCGGUAUCAUUUGAUCACCCGCUGUAUAUCAUGUAUUCAUCUGGAACAACUGGUCCUCCGAAAUGUAUGGUUCAUUCUGUUGGUGGUACACUGAUCCAGCAUUUGAAGGAACACAUUUUGCAUGGUAACAUGAACAGUAAAGAUAUUAUGUUGUAUUACACAACAACUGGUUGGAUGAUGUUUAACUGGCUAAUAUCUGUACUGGCGGUCGGUGGUUCGAUUGUUUUGUAUGACGGUUCACCUUUUGUUCCUUCAACGUCUGUGCUUUGGGAUUUAAUUGACCAGAUUGGUGUUACUAUUCUUGGUACUGGCGCACGGUGGAUAGAAGCUUUAGAAGAAAAAUCAGUUUAUCCAGUUCAAACACACCAACUGACGUCUCUACAUACAAUCUUAUCCACUGGAUCGCCUUUAAAACCAACCAGUUUUGAUUACGUAUACAAAUCAAUCAAGUCAGAUGUUUUGCUUGGCUCCAUUACAGGUGGUACUGACAUCAUAUCAUGCUUCGCUGGACAAAAUACAACUUUGCCUGUAUAUAGAGGAGAGAUCCAAUCACGAAAUCUUGGAAUGGCCGUUCAGAGUUUUAACGAUGAAGGUGUUGCAGUAUUUGACACAGCUGGUGAAUUGGUAUGCACGAAACCGUUCCCUUCAAUGCCAACAUCGUUUUGGAACGAUAAAGAUAGUUCCAAGUAUCAAAAAUCGUUUUUCCAAAAAUUUCCCGGUGUUUGGAGUCAUGGUGAUUAUUGCGAGAUCUCUUCAAAGACAGGCGGCGUUCUUAUGUUGGGAAGAAGCGAUGGUACUUUAAAUCCAAGUGGUGUAAGAUUUGGUAGCGCGGAAAUCUACAACAUCGUCAGUGCAACAAAUUUUUCGGAAAUAUCUGAUUCGUUGUGUGUUGGCCAGCAAACUAAACAUGGUGAGCGGGUUGUGCUGUUUUUAAAGAUGGUGGACGGUUACAAUUUGAAUGAUGACUUGGUAAAACGUAUUCGUAGUUCGAUUCGCCAACAGCUAUCAGCUCGCCAUGUUCCCGGAGUGAUUUUAAAAAUCAAUGAUAUUCCUUAUACGGCCAGCGGUAAAAAGGUUGAAGUAGCCGUAAAACGAAUUUUAAAUGGUGAAGAUAUUCAGCAGAGGGGAGCGUUUAUUAAUCCUGAAUCCUUGGAUUUAUAUUAUAAUAUUCCCGAACUUAAACAAACUUAAAUUUUGUUAAAAAUCCUUUUAAUUGUUGGCGUAACGUGAAUAAGGUGCUGUGCUUUCAACGGCAACAUCUGCAAAAUAAUUUUUUUCGUUCGAAAUAUAAUGUCAAUAAUUGUUCCUUCAGUCAGUUUCAUAUCAAAUUUAUGCCACAAUGGUAAGAGUUGAACUCUUCUUAUCAACGAAGAUAAUUUUUUUUUAAAUUUAAUUUUUACAGUCAGUAUUUAUUCAUAUACAAUAAACAAUAAUAAUAUACCAACCUGCAACCUGGAAAAAGUGGGACAAACAAAAUUAAUCGCAAAAAGGGUGCUUAAAAAUUACCCUACAAACCUUGCAUAUUAUUAUUAUUAUUAUUUAUUCGUAAGAAGAAGCCGUUAGGCUGAUUUUUUUUUAUAUCUUGUAGGCGUUUUUUGAAUGUGAUACUAAGUAUUUAUUAUAUUAUUUUUAUUUGGGGAAUAUAUUUUGCGUAAAAUCAAAAAUUAUAGAGCAUAAUUCGCCCCUUUUUUUACUUCUUCAACGAUUAAUAAAUACAUAAAUACUUUCAACAUUUUAAAACAAAAAAUCAAAUUUUUUUCAUGCUGAAUUUAUGAACACGUGGAGUAUAGAAAAAACAUAGUUUGCAACCCCGUUUUUGUUUAAUUUGUUUAGGACCCUUUCGUGCUACCAUUUUCAAUAAAUAAGUGAUUGAAAACGCGGGCAUAAAUGGACGAAUGUAUAAUCUUGUGUGGUGUUCUAAUAUUUUUGUAACGUUAUGUCAAGGGUUAUAAUCUCGAAAGGUUUUGGUUGGAAAGCAUGAUUUUCAAACACUGAGUCCUGUUAUCAUUAAGUACUUCAUGAAGCGAGCAAGCAUAAAGUUGUCUCAUUUAACAACUAUAUAAUCAGUUGUCGAUUCGAAAGUCUUUAAGAUCAAUCCGUUUAUUGUUCAUACCAUCACAUUUCCCUGUACAUGGCAGAAGAACUCACUUAUGCGAAUCAACAAGAAGUGGAUAUUGAAGACGCGUUUUGUGCGACGGGUACCUUCAUGAUUGUUGAUUUUCUGCUGUUAAGUGAAGAAGAGGGGCAGGUGGAAUGCGUCAAUGGAGGAAUAAAAUAAUUUAUAUAUCAACAGCACGAUCAAUCAUACUCGAUGUCAUGCUGCGGCUAUCUCGUAAUGAUUUCCGUUUCUUUAUUUCCUUCUUUGUUUGAGCCAAGAACGUACCAAGAAUAAUGCAUAAUACCGACAGUGCCGCCGUCACUGCCAUGGUAAUGUAAAAUGCGUCGCUUUUACUUGAGAACAGUGUGAACGUGGAUUCUCGGUUCAGCUCGUUUAUUGGUCUUCUUAAAAUCUACAAUUUAAAAAGAUGAGUAAUACCACACAUCCUAAUGAUUGUUCGUAUUCCGUCUCAUGAGAACCAAUCAAAAUAUAAGCAUAUACCGUAUCGGUUCAUAAUUUCGUCACGUUUUGUUUGAUGUUUUUAUGCCAGUCAUACUUUGGUAUGUUAAAAAAUAGCAGAAAUAUGUUUUUCAAAUAUUAUGUCAUUUAUAUUCAAAAGUUUGGACUUUUCAUGUUUUCCUUUUCUUAAAACCGUGUAUGUGAAGGUUUAAAAUUACUGCUGCAGCAUUUAGAA